CAUUUGGGUUAUGGAAAAUUUUAGAAUUUGAAUCAGCAGCGUGUGGUCAGUUUGUGAGUAGAUAUAGAUAGUGUGACGAAUGAAGAGAUAGCCAGGCAGGAAGGCAGGUAGGUAAUGGAAGUCACAGGAAGGAGGUUCAGCAUUUUCAGUCUCACUCCUUCUCUUCCACCGACGAGAAGGUUUUCUACAACAUUAUUAUUAGCCAAAAAGAAAGAUAUUAUUCAAGACAACAACGAUUCUCAGCCACAACCACCUUUUUUAUCUUUGAGAGUUUCAAACUCAAAUCUUGCUCGUGCUGCCAUUGGAGUCUUUGCCUUAGGCUUCAUUGAUGCAGGUGGAGACUGGUCAAGGAUUGGAGCCAUAACACCACAGACGGAAGAAUUGCUAAGGCUUGCAGCUUUUCUAGUGGUUCCCAUCUGUGUAUUUUUCAUUUUUUCGCUGCCCAAACAACCAAAUUAAUCAGCUUUUAUAAUGCAAUAUGUAAAAUUCUGAGUUUAAUUAAUUAGGGUCUUAAUUAAUCUUUGCAUUUUCCUUUCUAAACAUGGAUCAACUGCAGCAGGGUGAAGUGAAGACAUUUUAAGUGAAAGCAAUACUGUAACUAUUAAGUCAAGUGAUUAAUCUAUUAAGUCAAUAAUCAUCUGCAGAAAGGCUUACUGUUUGUUUGCUAAUAUGCUCCUAUUAAA